CAGAAAGCGGUCCGUCCAAUAUUAUCUUCCCCCUCACCGGUGCGGUUCAUGCUGUCGGAGCUGCAGCGGGUAAAAAUGGAAUUAAAAACCAAAACACUCACUUUACCCUAAAAAUGGCUUCAUUAAAGUGAGGUUAGGUCGUAGCAGCUGGAAUGGGAACAGAGGAGGAUAGUAAAGAAGCGCCCGUGGAGCUUUUCUGUCCGAGUGAAGAGGAAAUUGAGCGGUGGAUGAUCAGAGCUUUUGACAUGGCCAAAGAAGCUCUGGAGAGCGGAGAGGUGCCUGUCGGAUGUCUGAUGGUCUACAAAGAUGAAGUUGUGGGGAAGGGAAGGAAUGAAGUCAACGAGACUAAAAAUGCCACCCGGCACGCUGAGAUGGUCACCCUGGACCAGGUGCUGGACUGGUGUUGCCGUAGAAGCCUGGAUGCGAGGAGUGUGUGCGAGCGGACAGCGCUGUACGUCACCGUGGAGCCGUGCAUAAUGUGUGCUGCAGCACUGCGCCUCCUCAACAUCCCCGUGGUCGUGUACGGCUGCAGGAAUGAGCGCUUUGGAGGCUGCGGCUCAGUCCUGGACGUCUCCUCUGCAGACCUGCCUCAGACUGGGACCACGUUCAAGUGUAUUUCAGGUCACAGAGCAGAAGAAGCUGUAGAGAUGCUGAAGACUUUCUACAAACAGGAAAAUCCAAACGCCCCCAAACCUAAAAUGAGGAAAGAGUGAUCGCCCAAGAACCUGCCCGUUAAAUGUCUUUUUAAUAGGUUUGUUUGUAUAAAUAAAUG